GCAGGUUAAGAAUGCUGUUAAAGAUUUUGCAAUGGAGACUAAGAAAAACUUGUAUUUCAAAAAGAAUGAUGGAAAGAGAAUUAUUGUUAGGUGUGAGCCAGAAUGUCCAUUUUACAUGAGGAUCAGUAAGAGGACUUCAAAUGAAUAUUGGCAAUUAGUGAGUUUCACAGAGGAUCAUACAUGUAAUAGGAGGGCAAAAAAUAAACAAGCUAAGACUGAAUGGCUUGCCAAGAAAUUCGUUCCUAUGUUGAGACAUACACCUGAAAUGAAACCCAAUGGAUUGAUUGUUGAGGCGCUUGAUAAAUGGGGUGUGAAGUUGUCUAAAUACCAAGCAUAUAGAGCCAAAGUAAGAGCCAUAGAAAUGAUUCAAGGUGCUCAAAGGGAGCAAUAUGCACAUUUGAGAGAAUAUGCUGAUGAACUUAGGAGAUCAAAUCCAAACUCUACGGUUAUUAUUAAGUGUGGUAUGUCUGACAUUGGACCAGUAUUUGAGAGAAUAUAUGUAUGUUUGGAGGCUUGUAAGGCUGCAUUUGCUAAUACAUGCAGGCCUUUAAUUGGGUUGGAUGCUUGUUUCUUGAAGGGAGAAUAUGGCGGUCAAUUAAUAGCCGCAGUAGGUAAAGAUGGGAAUAAUCAAAUGAUUCCCAUUGCAUAUGCAGUUGUUGAAGCAGAAACAAAAGACUCAUGGCAAUGGUUUCUGGAUCUUUUACUGGAGGACCUCAACAAUGUUCAGCAAAAGCAAUAUGCAUUCAUUUCAGAUCAACAAAAGGGAUUGGUACCGGCCAUUGCCAACAUUGGGGCCCAUGUGGAACACCGAUUAUGUGUUAAACACUUGUAUGGGAAUUGGAAAAAAAAAACAAGAGCUACUGUGGUCCAGGAUUGGGAGAAAGCAAUGCAAAAAAUUAAGGCAAUCAAUGAAGAUGCAUGGAAAGACAUGAUGCAACUUCCACCAUCUAUGUGGACUAGGUCAGCAUUUCGCACUGAUACACAAUGUGACCUUCAAGUAAACAACAUGUGUGAGGCUUUCAACAUGGCUGUAUUGGAGUAUAGAGAUAAGCCUAUCAUAACAUUACUUGAAGGUUUGAAACAUUACAUUACAGUAAGGAUUGUGAAACAAAAAGAACUCAUGCUACGAUAUAGAGGCAAUAUAUGUCCUAGGAUUCAACAAAUAUUGGAAAAGGCAAAAAGAGCAGUUGGGGGUUGGUUCCCAACUUGGCAUGGAGAUAAUGAUUUUAACUUGUUUAGUGUCACAAAUGGUGUAGAUACUUAUACGGUAAAUCUACACACAAAAACUUGUGCUUGUCGUAAGUGGGAUUUGACCGGUAUUCCGUGUUGCCAUGCUCUUGUUUGCAUAUGGCAUAACAAAGCUGAUCCAGAAUCGUACGUUUCACCUUAUUAUAGUUCUGGUUUGGUUCUAGUUCUGCUAGAUUUGAUGGUUCUGUUUUGGUUUAGUUCUGGUUUACUUUGUUCUAAUUUUGUUGUAGUUUGGUUCUGGAAAACAAACUUCUUGACAUGCUACUCUUACAUUAUAAUGCCAUCAAAUGGACCAAAACUUUGGCAUGCAUCAAAUGGAGAUCCUAUAAAUCCCCCAAUCAUGAGAAGAGCACCGGGUAGACCAAAGAAAAAAAGGAACAAGUCCAAUGAUGAAUCAAAGGGUUCUAACAAACUACCAAGACAGUUUGCAACUGUGAAAUGUAAGAACUGUGGGAAGCUUGGCCACAACACGAGGACAUGCAAGGGUAAAAGUGCAACAGAUAGAGAGAUACCAAAAGGUGGAAAUAACAUCAACAGAACAAAGAGAGCAAAGACAACAAGGGUUGGAGGUGAUGAGGGAGAAACACCAAUAAUUUUAUCUCAAGAUUCACAAGCUCCACAAAUUCAAGAUUCACAAAUCAAUUGA